CAAUGGGACUGCACUCGGUCGCCCCCUCGCGCGGACAUGACAAACCACACAACAGUUUGUAGUUUCACUUUGUAAAGUGUGACGGUCCUUGAAAGACAGAGAGAAACCGCCCGUGAAACAUUUGUAUAAGAUGGCAGAGCGGGGCAGGACCGUGAGGGUGAGUGGUCUGCCCACAGACAUUGAGGAAGACAGAUUGGUAGACAAACUAAUGAUCCACUUCCUGAGGUCCAGGAAUGGAGGAGGGGAAGUAGACUCUGUCACUAUUGUCAAGGCGACACCUGUCUCUGCCCUCAUCACCUUUGAGGAGAGUGAAGUGGCACAGAGAGUUAUUCAACGCAGCCUGCACGUUCUGGAAGUGGAUCGGAAGAAGUAUAAACUCGUUGUAACUGAGCAUCAUGAAAACUUGGACCCAGACAAGGUCAUCUUAAGUUUAUCAGCAACUGUCAACUACAGACAACUUCCUGGGGGAAUAUUGGCAGUGAAAAGCCUUCACAAGAGCCACCCUGUUGUCCAGAUAAACUAUGAUGCUGAGGAAUCCUGUACAUUGCAUGGCGCCUACUCCAAAGUCCAGGCUGCCUUGGCUCAAUUACUUGGCCAUCCUGGAGGCCCACUAUCGGAGGAAAACAAAGACUCAGGUCAACUUGCCCCUGGUGACUCCAGAUCUGUUCAGAGAGCAAAGAAGUUUCAUACUCAAGAGUCUGAAGAUCAGAGCAGGAAAUCUAAUAAGCAAAGAGAACAAAGUGAGAAAGUUCACACUGGCAGGCCAUCUGAUGAGUACAACUCAAGCUCAUAUAGAGACCUGACACCUAGUGGUUAUAACUGGGAAGACACUGGACAGACAGAGGGUGCAGGUCUGCAGCCUGCUGGACCUCCUACCACACUAGAGGAGGACUUCUCACUAAUUGUGGAUGCAGACAUGUUCCAGUAUCUGCGGAAACAUUGCUCAAAGGAAUACCAGUAUAUCCUCAGUCAGUAUGGUGUUGAUGUGGUGGAUAUGACAAACCAAGAGUUGACUACUCUGUUUCUGCAGGUUACAACAGGAGAGGGGCAGGAUGGUCAAGAGCAGGAGCGUCUGAAGCUGGCACGAAAGGCAAUAAGUAGGCUUUACCAGGAGAAUGAGGCCAAGAUCUGUCGUGCUCAGCUCUCUAAGAGUAUCCUGUCCCCAAGGGGAGGACUGGAAAGGGCGAUAGAGGACUUAAACAUCAGACUGCCCAAGCUUCUUCUGAAAGAAGAUGACAGAAAUAUUUACAUUAUUGGAAGCAGUAGUGAUGUGUCUGAAGCCAAGCAUUUUCUGCUCCUGGACCAUGACAAAGGGAAGGGUAAAAAAGAGGAUGUAGCUAGUCUUCUCAGAUAUCCGUCGUAUGAUUCAAGUUCCUUAAUUCCUGCAGAUGAGGUGAGAGUCCCUGUCACCAUGUCCUCCACUGAAAGGUUGCUAGAUGAUUGUCCUAAUCAUCUGCUGAGGUCAGAGGAGGAAGAGAGGAGAGCUGAAGGGGCUAGAAGGUAUAAACUAGCAGCUCGUUUUAAGGAUUCAGGGCUGCCUGCACUAGGCAGUAGACCAAAUGACUUCACCUUACGAGGGAUCUUGUCUCCUGGUAGACAAACACAAACUGGGCCAGUGUUAGGGCAUGACAUCCCGUCAGAAACAGCAGGGAUUUCUGGUGAACGAGUCUCCAGAUCAGAACCCCAAAACACCAGAGGGGACAUCUUGUUUAAAAGUGGAGAUUCUUUGCCAUCAUUUGCCUUAAUGCAGAGUAAAACCUCCUUGAGCUCAAAUUUAAUGGAUACUGGACCCAAGAGUUUAAUAUCCCCCCUGAGCACUGCUCAGUCUAGUUUGUCAGGAAGUACCGCACUUCCACCUGCAGGGUCUGGAUCUACCUUGAAGCGAGCCAGUAGUUUCUCAGGAACACCUCAGAAGAAGGCUCAGGUUAUGAGUCAGAAAAGUCAUGACGACUCCAGCAAAUCCACAGUCAGAGCCAGGGGCAGGUCUUCUAGCUUCAGUACCCAAACAGGAAGGGACAAGCAGGAAGUCUACAGUGCAGAGAUUGCAGUUUCCGGGGUGAUGUGGAGGCACAUAAAAGCAGCAUACAGGACCCGGGUGGAUGACCUGACUUCUAAUGUCCAGAUAAAAGAGAGCUACCCAGAAGGUAGUAGUGAUCUCGUUGUCACCAUAAGAGGGGCAAACACAUCCAAAGUAAGUUCAUGUCAGCUAGGUUUACAGAAACUGGUUGAAUCUGUAAGUGUAGACUUCUCUGUGCAGCAGCUGCACUUGUCAGAGCUGGGUAUCACUGAUCCACAAGAUGAAACUUUACAAGCUUGUUGUACUGAGGUGCGUAGCCGCUUUAAGAAGGUUACUAUCCAGAUUUUGAAGAAGAGGUUAUUUCUUCUUGGUCCAAAACACUUGUGUUCUAAGGUUGCUGCUACAUUGCAGGAGGUAUUUUCUGGAGACCUGCCCAGAGUACCUGAACAACAGGACUUUUCUAGCCCCUAUACCUCUGAAUGGAAUCCGUCCACUUCUUUACAAUUGAAUGAGGAGCAAAACACUAGUGUGCACUAUGACAGUAAUCCUCAGGUGAUGUCAGAGAGCCAAACAGACAAAGCUGAUGGGACUGGUGGUAGCCAGGAAAGGAGAAUAAACCAUAGAAGUGUCUUCUGUGAGACAGAGCUUGUGAAUGGAUCUGUCAACCAACCAUUACUGAGGAAAGACCCUGUCAUUAAGGAGAAAGUGAAAAGUAUAGGUACAGUGGAGAUGGAUGGACAGAAGACUGAGACACUUGUCAGCCACUCUACAGCGGGAAAUGACAGAAAUGUGAGACCUGUGAAUGGUGUUGGGUCAACAACUGCCUUUACUGAUAAAGCCACGGCCUCUCAUAAGAAGGAGAGAACUGUACAUACUACGCAAAAGACCAGUGGACAGCAAAGACAAGCAGAGAUCCAGGACAAACCAGAGGAAUCCAUGUCAGGUCAGGGAGACUUGGGGUGCAUAUGUGUGUGUGGGGACACUGGGAUAUCAGUGACGAGAACUAAGUGUGGGAUUACUAUGUGCUCAAAAUGUCUGGACACAGUGCAUAUCCACUGCAAAGUUUGUCAUGAGACAGAUCUGACGCCCUGGGGCAUUAAGGGGAAAAUGAGCUACUCAAAACUUCCAAUCAGCCUACAUGGUCACAACAAGGACCCCUCUGUCAAGAUCACUUACUUAAUUCCUGAUGGUAUCCAAGGGAAAGAUCACCCAUCUCCAGGAAAACCAUUUCAAGGAGGGGUGUUUGAGGCCUUCCUUCCUGACUGCGAGAAGACGUGGAAGCUGCUGCCCAGGCUGGAGAAAGCCUUCAGGCAGGGACUCACCUUCACAGUGACUCCAAGGGCCAGGGUCACCUGGGACUGCAUCCCACACAAGACCAGCCUACAGGGAGGCAAAUCGGGGAACGGUUACCCAGAUUCCACGUACUUGACUCGCUUGUCUCAGGUCUUGACCUCCAAUGGGAUUGAAGAGCUACCAGCCAAAUCUUAAGAAUAAUUUUGUUGAAAAAAAAGCAGUGGAGGAGUUCUCAUGUAGUCUUAAUUAUUGAAGACUGAUGAUGUAUAGAGAAAUGUAUAUCUUUUUUUUCUUUUUUUUUCUAACCUGCCAAACUGUUGCUUUCUUUAACAUAGACAAUUCAAGUUAUAAUUUUUCAAAAUGUGCGACACGUGACCAAUUACCAUUUUCUUACUGAACAGCUUAUUUUGUAAAAAUGUAUUUUGUACUGUAUAGUGUGCAUAGUACUGUAUAGAUAUACAUUUUGUACCGUCCUGUGUGAUUUUAAGAAAACAGGAGGGCAUUUGUAGAAUCUCAGAGAUGAAAAUGUCUACCUAUUGACUGUCUUUACUUCUCCUCAGUUUUGUUCAGAAUGGGCACAGAAAUAAAAAAGCACAUCUCCUGA